CUUCACACAUUGCGCACGGGGAACAAUACCCUCUAUGUUCAUGAAGUGCGAUUUGUUACGUAUAUAGUGUACGUGUGUAGUUACAGGCUAGUUUCAUGUAUUUGGAAGAAAGAGAAGUUAUUAGUGAGUGUUGCAUGAUUUCUUCUUGUUCAGCGCGACAAAAAGUGAAAUGAAGUUUGUUUGCAAUACGAUCGUAGUAUAGCGGUUCCGAGUUCAGGUGAAUGACCUAUAGGAACGGAAACUUAUUCUGUUACGGCUCUCAGCUAAAAAUCCCAUCGUGUGUAAGAAGAAAUAUCAUUCACACCUCAAAAGCUUAUACACAAUAAUAAAGGUGCAUACAUAGAAGAGCUUGAAGAAACUCAUGAAUAUCCGAGAAAGACACUGAAUCAGGAGGAAGGCCCAGUUGGAUACAAAUUGGCUGACUGCUCAGAUUAUUAAGUGGUGAAAGAAUUUCAGAUAAGGAGGCAACAAGAACUUUUAAAGUAAAAUGAAUACACAUCAGAGAAUGCUGCCACAGCAGUAUUGUUUGAGGUGGAAGUACCACCACAACAAUCUGCAAGUCAUGUUCAGCCAACUGCUAGAGCGUGAAAGUUUUUGCGAUGUGACCCUUGCAUGUGAGGGCCGAACUUUGCGUGCUCACAAGGUUGUGCUGUCAGCAUGUAGUACAUACUUCGAUACAAUAUUUUCUCAGUACGAAGAAAAGAAUCCUAUUGUGAUUUUGAAGGAUGUUAAGUUUGCAGAUAUACGAGCACUUGUUGAGUUUAUGUAUCGUGGAGAAAUCAACAUAGAUCAUUCCCAUUUGGCUAGUUUACUAAAAGCCGCAGAAGACUUGAGAAUUAAAGGCUUGGCAGAGGUUUCCUGGCGAUCUGAAACCCAAGCAAAUCAAUCUGUAGAGGAGAAUGUGAACAAUACUGACACCCGAUCAUCACAAAUGGACACAGUGGUCAGUGAUAAUGAAGUUGAACCACCACUGAAAAGGAGGAGAGGUCGUCCUCCCAUGGAUGCAAGCAGUCCUGUCUUCCAUCCAAAAGUGACAAGUGUGUCAAGUGUUGUCACCAAUGAAGCAACUUUUAGAGACAGAACUGGGACAUCUGAUGCCGAAAAUGAAACUUCAGCUUGGGAUGAAGCAGAAAAUGAGGUGAUUAAUUGUGAUACUUCAGCAGAAGCUACUCCAGCUGCAUCUUCAGUGAGUGUCCAAAGUUAUUCAACACUUCUCUCGCACCUCGCCAAGGGCACCCCGACCCCAUCACAGGAAAGUUUUGCUGAACCUGAGGAGAAAGAAAAGUUAAAGCCUACGUCAUACUCAGAUGGUGCACCAGUUACGACAACACCUUCAAGUGGCAUAACAAGUCAGAUAGCAGAGCAGUACAGGGAUGUCAUCAAAUUAAAUGACUACCUGACAACAGGAAGGCGGCAGCAGUUUUGGGAGGAGCCAUUCACAAGGCGGAUAAUGGAUGCUAUAAAGAGCAAAGAAUUGGAAAUGAAGACUGGUGCUGAAUUACUUGGUGUGUCGUACGGCACCUUGUAUGGGCGGUAUAGAGAUGCUUAUGGUUGUCUGAAACAUCCUUACCGUGUUAGAGAUUUCUGGUCAGAAUCUGGUCCUGCUGACGUUCUAGCUAAAGUGCAGAGGAAAGAAAUCACACUGUUUCGAGCAGCAGAGAUGUUAAAUGUGACAGUGACGACUCUUGCAAACUACCUUUCUACAUUGCGCCAGUAUGAAGGAGAUGAAAGCCUUGAUGAUGCAAGAGAUCACGAUGAUAUGUUUGGAGAUACAUAUAAAACACCAGUUAAGAAAUUUACGUCAGCUCUUGAAAAUAAUCCUGAUAUCACUAUUGUGAAACAGGAACCACCAGGGACAAUGAUGAACCAUGAACCGAUUGAUAAUGAUAGUGCCCUUCCUUCAGUUGGAACAAAUGAUGCAGACCAUUCCGACACAAAAACUGUUGGUAGCCAUCUACCAACAAAUGGAGUAGAUGACGAGGGAGGUGAAUAGAUAUUGACUGUUUGAUUCCUCAAGGCUCUAACAGUACAGAACAUUCCUGAAAUGAAAUCAGCUUCUUCAAAGAUACCAUCACACCUUUUUUCUACAUUUUCUGAUAUUUGUAUGAAGAAAAUUGUAUUUAAGUGAUGGUUACUCGGGAAUGUGGUACAAAUGGUUCUAAAUUGAUGUAGCCAUGUGACUGUAAUACAAGAAAUUACUGCUGUAUGAUAGAACUGGGAUAACCUUUUGAAGUCCAGUGGUUUUGUUUAUUUUUAUUGCAAUGGAUUUGACUGGCAGAUGUAAAACAUACAGAACUGGAUCCGCACUCCUCUUUUGUAUCUCAACACAGACUGAGAAAAGGGACACAUUUAUGUGAUGUGUGACUGGUAUUCAGAGUUUUGUGCAAUCAGUUGUUCUCUUUGUAGACUGGAAUGAACUGACUGUGUUAACAGCCACAUUGUCUAUGCUUUGUAGACAGUCUCUUAAUUUUAUUUUACUUUUUUUUUAUUUAUUUCUGUUUUGUACUGAGGAAUGUUUACUGACUAAAUGAUAUUGAAUGAAAUGAUCUAGCGAUAUUGUUGACAGAAUAUUUAAUGUUAAGGAAGAUAUGGUAAAAGCCUAUUAUAAUGCAGCUUUCUAUUUCUCACAGUGUGCAUUGUAAUAGACAUAUUUCAAUUAAAACUGAUGCCUCCAAAAUUAACGUAUUUGUAAGUCAUUUUCAUUCUUUCUUAAUUGUCCUUAGUUGCAUUUGUCGUGCUUGGGUCAUAAGUUGCUUUUUGUAGUAUUUUGUUAUCCAGCAGGAGUAAUUAUUGUUUCAGUAUGGUGACACUCUUUAUCACUCAUUGGAAGUAAUGCCACAGUGAGCAAAGGAAAUGUUGAACAGUCCUGCAAAGAGGUCACCAUAUUUGCAAAAUUAGUCAAGAACAGUUUCAUAAAUUAAAAACAAUUUAGGUUUGGCAAUAAAACAAGUACCAAAAUGUUGUUUGCACCACCAACAUCUAACUCGUACUUUUGAUACGAGUUGGCAGUUCUGAGGAAGAAAAUGAAAACAUUAUUGCUGUGUUAUUUUAGGCUUGUACUGCAAGUCUGAAUUUUUGUUGUACUGAUUAUUAUUUCUAUUCCUGUGAUAUUUCUGGAAAUAACUGUUUCAAGCUGUUGUAAGGUGUAAUUAUCUUAUAUCUCACACCUAGAUUCGAUGGUACAUCAAGGUGCAAAAACCCACUUCUCGCAAUCACAGUAUCGUUACUUUGUUCGGAUGUUUAGUGUGCUACUAAAAGUUGGUUCAUAAUGUUGCUAUUCAAUCAUUUACAUUGCUAUGUUCAUUUGUUGUUUGUAAAUGUAAUGGAAACAUGAGAAAGUGACUGUGUUAAAUAUUGUAGAAGGUAACAAUCUACACGUCUGGUGAUGUCACAACAAGCAAUCUUAAGUGCCAUCCCCAAGUUAUAGUAUUAUAUACAAAUACUGUAAUCUACAGAAGCUAAAAUCAAUAAAAGAUAACUGUGCUGGUGUUACUUUGACAGACACUACCAUCAGAAUGACUACCACAACUACUUAUCUCAGUUGUUUAGAAGUAUCCUUUUGUUGCCAGAAAAUAAGAUAAUGUAUCAACUAAUAACCAUAAUACUCAGUGAGGUUUUUUCUUUCGAAUGCAAACCAUGAGAUGUCGCCAAAUGCGUAAGUAAAAUGAUAUUCCAGUAUUGUGAAAUUAGUUUUGGUUGAAGACAUGGCAGGUUUUCACUAAUCAGCUCACUUCUGUGUAAUAUGCAUUAUUGCAGUGACAUAAUGUAUGAAGUUGCUGCUUGGGUAUUAAUCUUCAUUUACUUUGCCCAUUACUGUUGUUACAAAGCUUACAUUGUGGCUUUUGUAUGACGUCAGUUUCCCAAAAUGAGCAAAUAGUCAGUUUGAACAUGAAUGAUAAUUUUAAUUCCAUAUACUGGUCUGUGCCCUGAUGUAAACGACAGUUAGCAUAUUCAAUGUAUUAAUUUUCCCUGUUGAAAAAUCUUGUCAUGUUUCUCUAUUUCAGCAGAGACAAACCAAAUUAAGCAAUGACAUCACCAAAUCAACCAGUAUUUUUGUAAUUGAGCAAACUGUUCAAAAAUAACAAAUCAGGAUUUGGAGGCCUUGGAUAAAUCACGAUGUCUGUCAGUAUAUAUAAAUGCCGUGAAUUAUUUUAUUACUGAAACUUAAGUAGUUUCUUUUCUAUAAACUGAAAGUGGAGGGGGGAGAGAAAGGGAAGGAAAUAUUGAUGUCAGCUGCAUCGGGACUUUAAGAAGAAUCAGUGGCAACAAGUGAAAAUCUUUAUGGACUGUGAUUCGAACUCUGCACCCCCUGCUUACUAGGCAGUUGUGUUAACCACUGUGCCAUCCGGACCCAGUGUUUAUUGCAAUUAUGCAGACUAUCUCCGCUGACCCACAGUCUCAUGUAGUGCCACAUAGCCACAAUCACCGCCCGUAUCCUCCAUGCUUGCUACUUUGAGGUUCCCGCUGAAGGUAGAACGUAAUUGUGCAUCUGCACUGAAGGUGGUGGAUUUGUUGCCCAUUAAUGUGAAUCAGUUGUAUGAAUGUGUAGUAUCUGUUCUUUUCGAUGUGUUGGAUUCCAUGUGGUAUCUGUUCUUUCAGACCACACAUUCAAAUAAAUACGUUCUGUUAAGAAAUUGCCUCUACAAGAACACUCAGCCAUUAUGUAUUGUACACAUGGCUUAUUUUAUAUUGAAUUAGCAGAAAACUGCUCAUUUUCCAUAUUGUUGUUGCUAUACCCCACUUUAUUUUUUUGCUUUCUCUAAUCUCCUUAGAACAACUGCUGGAUAACAGUAUCUUUUCUUUUUCUUCAAUCACAAAACGUUUCCUGUCACUGUACCCAUCUCUCAUUAAGUUGGGAUGUAUCGAUUGGAGCAUUUUUAUUAUGCCAGUUCUCCUUCACUUCCAUCUUUAUUCAUCUCAGGUCCUAUUCUUCCAGAUGUUGUAACACUAAUUCACUCCUACAUCUCCCUUCCCAAUCAUGUGACUAGCAAACACUGCAUUUUUCAGUCAGAUUUCUUCUCAUACCAUCAACAUUCUUUAGUACAGAUCAUUUGAUGCUCAGUCUCAUUUUUUAUCUUCUCUGGCCUGUAUCUUCCCAAGCACUUACCUCUCUUUUUUUCUUUAGUUGUGCUGCACUGUGUCAGACUAAUGUUGUAAUCUCAAUUGCAUAUAAUUCUAUGUUGGGCUUUUUUGUCUAGUUGUGUCUUGCCUUUGCAUUUCAGUGAUGAAGAGGUUGGCAGAAUCUAGGCAGCCCAUCUAUGAAUUGGUUUCUUGCAUUUGUUUCAUUAUUUGCUACCUUCCAAUGUCUGAUCGCUCUGUCAAGUGUGAUGUAGAACUUUUGUUGUUUAUCUUUGUAAGUAAAAAUCUGCCAGUACUGCUUUCUUUAUCUUUACACGUACCUCUGUCUUUCAUCUUUAAUUGGUACUUUGAGGUAGAAGUGCUCAUGGAGUGCUUUCAUCACUUAUUUGGUCCUCAUUUAUGUAAGGAAAAUAUGAAAUUAUCACAUUUGUAAAAUUUGAGUUUUUCACACUAUUUAGAAACAUGCUGAGUAUUGCAUUAGUUUAAUAUAUGUGGCUAAUGAAAUCUCAGAACUCUCAUUUUUAAAUUGUGCUAAAUAUCUUAUACUUUAUGUUGUAUACAGAUAUUUGUUUAAAAUUUGCUUAUGUAAGGUCUUAAAAGACUGCACUUGCUAGGAUAAUGGAUGUAUAGUAUUUAAAAGCUAUGGUUUUCUUCAUUAAUGUUUUGCUAUCUUAUUCUAGUCACUGUCAAGAAAGAAAAUCCUACUGUAUGCAUGUGUUUUAUGUAACUAUUCAUCAAUUUUUUUUAUGGUGGAAAUAGCACUGAUGUACAUGGAUGUGAAACAGUAUACAAAUCAUCUACCUGAAGUUGCCAUGGUAUUCUGAGUUUUAGAAUCUUUCAAUUAACUAUCAGAGUGGGCAUUCCAUACUGUGAAAUCUGAUGGUUAAAUGAAGUGACUUUUCACAUUAAUUUACUGUACAGGGAACAUCAUAACCAUAAUUUUCCAUUAUAGUAUUUCUAGAGUGCUGCUGUGUAAACCAUUGAAAUAGCUUAUAUAACGAGAAAACACACACACACACACACACACACACACACACACACACACACACACAGAGUCAUUCACUCUAACUUCACUUCGAAAUGUUCUCAGCAAAAAAAUGAGGUGUGUGGUAAUCUAACGGGGCAUUCACUCAGUACGCUUGUGCCGGUAACAGCUGUGAUUUUCUCUGUAUGUGGCCCCGCAUCCAUGGAGCUCUUCUCCAUAAUCUCACAGUACCUUGUAACACCAAACAGCUUAUGCAGAAACUGAAACACACCAAGUAAAGCAGUGGCCACCAUAAUAGUGUAUGGAAGCAAUGCAAAAAUAAAAAAAUUAUGAUAUGGAAGUCUUUUGUUGGAAACCACAUAAGUGGGUUUACAAAAACAAACGGUUGCGAAAAGUGGGUUUUGAAACUAUUAGUUAUUUAUUUACUUGUAAUGUCAGUAUUUAUUAUAUCUCUUAUAUAAUUUAUAGAACCAUAAAUUAGUGUUAAAUGCAUUGCAGAUAUAAUCAGUAUAAACUUAUGAUUUUAUCUAGUACAUAAAGUAUGUUUUAGACAAUCGUAUUUACAUUUUGAUAUGUUUACACAGCCAUCUGACAAACAUAAGUGUUCAUGACAAUUUUUAUACUUUUUUUAUGUCAGGUUUUCUGUUGUGGCAUUUUAAAGACAUAGCAAGGACCAAAGAACUGACAGAAUAAUUUUUGAGAUAUAGACUGAACCAUGAUCAAAGUAUUUAGUUUGUGUGCAUUGUAUUGUGUAGUAUUUUCACAGAGCAGUGUGAUCUUUGUGUUUGUGGCAAUGUGUUUUUGAACCUUGUUUUGUAGGUUCAGACUGCAGCAGAAGCAGUGUAUGCAUAUCAAAAUGAUUUGAGAAAAUUUAUUUAUGUAUUUUUACCUGUCGUUGUGGAUAAUUUGGCCCAAGUUUUCUUAAAUAAUUUUUGUUUUGUGCUUCACAUUUUUUCCAUUAUGUAUGAACUCAUUUUUCAUUUAAAUAUACAGGAAUCUAGAAUUGGUUUGUAAUUAUUAAAGAUAAUAGUCUGUAUACACACUUUGAAACAAUCCUUGUAUGUACAUUUUUCAUUGGGGUCUUAUUUUAGAGAUUUUCCUUAGUUCUCUUAGUUUUGGUAGAUAAUUAUCAGGUCUUCAUUUAGUGGAUACCAGUGCCUCAUGCAAAGGAACAUAAAUUAAUACAAUCACUUUUCUAAAAAGGUAAUUGUGCUACAUUUGCAUCAUCUGUAACCAAAUAUGUAACUGACAUAGCUAUGAAGAAGAUACAUUAUUAAGAAUAUAUAUAUAUUAUGUAUACAUACAUGUAAAAUUCAAUUACAAAUAUAUGAAUGUGUAUUAGAAGGGAAAAAAGAGAGGAAAACACUCACACAAAGUUCCUAUAUCAGAAUAUAAUUCUUGCUAAUUUUUAUAUCUCAGUAUUUGAGCAACAUUAUAAAAAGGAAAUGUAGCUGUGUAUCAAUUUGAUGAAACAACUUUUUACUUUAGCAUUAAAUAUUAAUGCUUAGGUGUUUGUUGUAGAGCGUCUGUUUUGAAUUGAGGCAAAAAGAGGAAGAUUAAGCUAUUUAUCCUCAAAAUAUUCUAAAUGUUGGAUAACUGAGAGGAAAGUACACUUUAUAUGUACUAAACCUAUUUCGGAGAUUCAUUUCAGUUCUCAUCAUUUGUACAUCACCCAACACUGUUAGCAGUUUACCUCAACUUUUGUGUUGUAGCUAUUGUUCUUGUUUAAUUAUUUAUGUUGUAAGCAAUUCUGUAGUUUAUUUUCGUUUGUAAAUGCAUAUUGUAAGUUUAAUGUACUUCCUUUGCCGAGAUAUUGUCACAAUUGUAUGAAAGUUUCACAGUUGUUUUUAAACUAAAUGGGGAAAUUUACAGGUGAAACACACACGAACAUUUUUCUUAUGUUCUGAUUUAAUGUCCAUGCAAUAUGCGUUUUAUCACUUAUGUCAUAAAACGCUGCAAACUGAAUCCAAUAAGCAGUUGAACAGUGGUGGUUUGUGCAAAGCAGAAUUCUGAAAUUGAGGUUACUCUGGAAGUUGGUUCUUUAUUUCUGCCAUUGAGAUUAUGUAAACUGCAGCUGCAGUUACCAUCUCUUCACCUCUCACUUUGACUCAUCUCUAGUGCAAUGUGCUCUGAUUAAGUACAUCACUUUCAUUCUUUAUUUUUGUUAUGAAUCAGUUUUUUUUCCUUUUCUUUUGUUCCUUGAUCAUUGAACACUGACAUUGCUUUUUUACAGAUUCAAAUAUAAUUUCCACAUUUUGUUAUUUUUCUGGUGUAGUACUGUUUUAUGUUAAGUCAUUUGGUUGUUCUUGUCUCUGUAGAGAUUCUGAGGCCACCACAGUGACAGCAAGAAUUGUGAAAGAGUGUAAGAAACUUAGUGAAAUAAUUAGAAACUACUCCAGUCAUAGGGCAAGAAAUUAUCGAAGCUGCACUGUGUAAAGAAAAAUAACUUUAGGAAAGUUGCUGUUGGACAGCAACUGUAUAAAUAGAUAGCUGCUUAAAGAGUUUCAUUACUCAGAUUUCUGAUAGUUUAAAUGCAUGAAAACUGAAAAAUAUUAGUUCAUUGCUUUUCCAAUUGUUUGUUAAAUUGAGAAAUAACUUUUAUGACAGCAGCUGUUUUUUAUUCUGCUUUUGUAGCUACCCACAAGUGGUUUUCA